UGGUGGGACAGCAGAGGGCGACUGCCGCUAGAUGUUAGCCUGGGUGGGAAAGUUGUGGUUGAGUCAGUGGGGCGGUGCGAGUAGGACGUCCGGUUUUAACAGCCUGUCCCCCCCUCUCUUCCACCGCUAAAGCCUCGCUCCAGGGAUCAGGGAUUACGUCCAGGUGAACGUGCAAGCAGGCUGGGACGAGUCCACCGAGUUGAAGCGACGAGAGGCACAUUUCAGGAGCAGAAGCGAGAGCUCCGCCACUCUCCACACAGGCUGACUCGGGGCAGCCUUACCUGAGCCAGAAGAAGAGCUUCAUUGAAGAGUCUGGAGUGUGGUCUGUGUAAUCCUCUACCUCAGCUUUAGGACACAAGAAAUCAUCCUCCAUUGCUUUUUGUGCCCUUGUUUCGGGCUACAUUGUCAUGGUACGAGCUUUGAAAGGGAAUGCUCAAAUCUUACGGAUUUUUUCUUGAUUGUUUUUAAGUAACUCAUCUCUUUAUUCUCAUCCACCAUUAUCAUUGAAGUGACACCUGGUACGUACCGUGAUGACAACUGGAUCUGUAAUCUUCCUCUGGCUAAGUGCUUGGAUAUUGGGAAACACUUCACUCUGCUCUGGCCAAGCCUGCAUGCGGGAGCCUGACCAUUUUGACUUUGACGUCCGAUACCGAAUGAAAAGCUUUGAUGCGGGGCGACCGAUCCAGAAUAUCGUGGUGCGCUCCGAGUAUCAAGGGAUCUACAUUGCCGUGCGGAAUCGAAUCUACACUCUCAACCUCUCCCUCCAGAAGGACUAUGAACUGCAGACUGGCCCCGUCGGCAGCCCGGAGUGCGAGAUCUGCAAACUUUGCAACACAAACUGGGAGCCGAGCGUCGACAUGGAGGAUAAUGACAAUGUCCUGCUGAUGUUUGACACGUAUGACCCAGUCCUGUUUAUCUGUGGAAGCUCCCAACAUGGCAUCUGUUACAGGCACAACAUCCAAAACAGAAAUGAGAACAUGUGCCUAUUUAAACCGGAAAAUAAUAAUGCUGACUUUUGCCCAGACUGCAUAGCUAGCCCAUUGGGCACCCAGGUGGUUGUUCAUGAUGAAAGAUAUACCAGCUAUUUGUUUAUUGGUGCCACAAUCAACCGUACCAUUGCAAAAUCUUACAGUCCACAUUCCGUGUCAAUAAAGAGACUGAUCGGAUCACUGGAUGGAUUUGAGUUGACUACUCAAGAUCACUCUUUAACUGUGAUGGAUGAAUUCCUGGACACCUAUCCCAUUGAAUAUAUUUAUUCCUUCCGCUCCGACGAAUAUAUCUACUUUCUCACCGUGCAGAAAGAAUCAAUAGAAUCGAACAACUAUCACACGAGAAUCGUGCAGUUGAAGACUGGCGAGUACGAAGUGAGGAACUAUCGGGAGAUCGUCCUGGAGUGCCAAUACGAAACGAGGCGGAGGAAGAGGACCCUGGGCGACGGGGACAUCCUGUACAAUGUGUUGCAAGCAGCUUAUUUGGCCAAACCCGGCCCGGACCUGGCCAGUGAGCUCGACGUUUCGAUGCAGGACGACGUGCUCUUCGGCGUGUUCGUGGAGAGCGAGCCCAACAGCAGAACGUUGCGGAGGAAGUCCGCACUGUGUACCUUCCCGAUCAAGGCAAUCGCUGAGAUCAUCGAAAAUGGGAUGGCAGCUUGUUGCAUGACGUCAGAAGAACCCCAGUCAAGGGGGCUAAAUUUUUACCAGGAGUUAGAGUACUGCCCUCAUACUGAUGGGAGAGACUGUGUGAACAAGCCGACCAGGAUCUGGCAUGCUUUUAUCCGCUUGGAUCGAUUUGAUGGUGAACUCGAUGAUACCAUAUUGACUUCCAUCUAUGUAACCGUGAUUCAAAAUUCCACUGUCGCUCAUCUUGGGACAUCAGAUGGGAGGAUUUUACAGGUGAUUCUUCAAAGGUCCUUUUAUCCACAUGCAAACUUCAGCCUGAGCAAAUCCGAUCCCGUUUCCCGAAAAGUCAACCAACUGAAUGACUCCGUGCUGUUUGUAACCGGGAAACAGGUGACCCAGGUACCCAUCAAUGGACCGGGAUGUCAUCACUUCCUGACCUGCUACAAGUGCCAGAUGGCACCAUCCUUCAUGAAGUGUGGCUGGUGUGAUAGAAAAUGCACGUGGGAGGAGGAAUGUCAACAAACGUGGGUCCCAGACACAUGCUCGCCUGCUGUUGUUGAGUUUCUUCCCAAAAGUGCUCCUGUUAACGGUGAGACUGAGCUGACACUGUGUGGCUGGGACUUCAAGUCUCCAACCGGCCCCGCGAUAACGGCGGCCUCUCAUGUGGUGCGAGUGGGAACCCGAUCUUGCAGAGUUAUUCCUGAAAGCAGCGAUGCAAGGAGGUUGGUUUGUAAACUGGAAAUUACUGGAGAGACCCAGCCAGCUGGAUCAACAAAGAUUACUAUCACAAUUCAAGAGACCAAGCGCAGCGGAGAAUUCUCCAUCGUCGGGUCCACCUCUAUUGCUGGAUUUGAAUUUGUGGAACCUGUGAUAACUAAUGUGGUACCGACCUACGGCCCCCUAGAUGGUGGGACUUUGAUUACAUUACUAGGGCAACAUCUGACCGCUGGCAACACCCAAAAUGUGACCAUUGGCGGGAAGGUGUGUCGCAUAACGAGACAAAGAGAUAAGUCCAUAAGAUGCAUAACUCCUAAAAUGGAUGAGUUGAAGGAGGAGUUUCCCGUUGUGGUGAUAGAUGUGGCAAAUGUACCACUCAAGGGCGUUUUCAAGUUCCAGUAUCGGAAGAAUCCUGUGGUCCAUAAAAUGUCCCCAAAUUGCAGCAUCAUACGCGGCCUCAAUGUCACAAUACAUGGGACCAAUCUGAACUCCGUCUAUCAGCCCAAACUUGUAUUUGUCGACGAAACGGGUGCUAAGUUUGAAAAGGCAUGCCAAGAGCCAAAGUCGAACGAGGUCAUGUAUUGUCAGACUCCUGCAAUCCAAGAGGAUGAAGCCGAAGGGAAGUUGACUGUGAUUAUGGACGGCGUGCCAAAGCCAAAGACGUUCGAUAUGGAAUACAUGCAGAACUAUGAGGUCAUCCCCUUUGAAAAUGAAGAAAAGGUUUGGAAGCUAACGAAGGGUGAAGAUGAGAUUGAGUUGCAUCAUGUCAUGCUGCUAAAGUUGAAGGAGUGUUUGAACGUGACACUUACUGUGGGAGACGCUGUGUGCGACGCAAGAAUCCUGAUGCAAGAGAUCACCUGCAGAAUCCAAACUGGUGUGAUUCCCCGUGAAGGACUUCCAGUCAAGCUCUGGGUCAAUCACGUGGAGUACUUUAUUGGGACCGUCAUCUACGAAGAGGAAAGUAUCGACAUGAUUGUGGGCAUCACCAUCGGCACCGUGCUCCUGCUGGCGGUCAUGAUUCUGGUUGUUGUGUUCCUGAUCUACAAGAAGAAAAGCAAAGAGCAUGCAGACUUAAUGAGCCGUUUAGAAGCUUCAGUUAAUAUGAUGUCUCUAAACACAGUACCACCUGUGCCCACUGACUAUAGGAACAAUCGGUUUGUUAACACACCAACGUCUGGAUCGAGUGGGAUUACAUUCCGGGGAGGCGGUUACAAGAGCUGUUCUGACAGUGCGGCCGCCCCACUGCUCAGUCCGAGAGAAAUUACUUUGGAGAACCUACGGCCAGAGCUUCUGGAAGAAGUCAAAGAUGUUCUGAUCCCAAGCGAAUGCUUAACUGCAUUCAUGGACCAGGUGGUUGGCAGAGGACAUUUUGGGAGUGUUUACCACGGUCUGUACAAAGAUCAGAACGAAGAGAUUCACUGUGCGGUGAAGUCUUUGAAUCGGAUUUCAGACAUUGAAGAGGUGGAGCAGUUUUUGAAGGAAGGUAUCAUCAUGAAGGAUUUCCACCAUGAGAACGUUCUAUCCUUACUGGGAAUAUUCCUUCCUAAGGAAGGGUUGCCGUUGGUAGUAUUGCCGUAUAUGAAGCAUGGAGACCUCCGCCAUUUCAUCCGCCAUGAACACCGAAAUCCAACAGUAAAGGAUUUAAUAGGCUUUGGCCUCCAAGUAGCCAAGGGAAUGGAAUACCUUGCCCAGAAGAAAUUUGUUCAUCGGGAUCUCGCGGCGAGGAACUGUAUGCUGGAUGAGACAUACGUGGUCAAGGUGGCGGACUUUGGGAUGGCUCGCGAUGUCUUGGACAAGGAAUAUUACAGUAUUCAAAACCACAGGAAGGCCAAGUUACCUGUGAAAUGGAUGGCGUUGGAGAGUCUACAGACGCAAAAAUUCACAACUAAAUCUGAUGUGUGGUCCUUUGGAAUCCUGCUGUGGGAGCUGCUGACCCGCGGAGCACCACCCUAUCCGGAGGUGGAUCCGUAUGACAUUACUAGAUACUUAUUAAAGGGUCGAAGGUUACCUCAGCCAGAAUACUGCCCGGAUGAGCUAUUUGAUGUUAUCCUGCAUUGCUGGGAUCCGAAGCCUGAGCUGCGGCCAAUAUUUACGGAACUCAUCUAUGAAAUUGAAUCCAUUCAGUCCAUACUGAAAGGAGAACACUACAUCAACUUGCAAGUAAAUUAUGUGAACUUACAGAAUAGCCAGCCUUACCCUGCAGUGGACACUACUGAUGAUGAAUUGGACCGGGAUUCAGACUGAUGACAUUUUGUUGCACUUACUGAUAAAUCUGUGGAGAACAUUGAAUUGAAUUUCACGAGGACACUGUUUUUAAGCAAUCAUUCACUCGAUUAAGGUACAACUCUGCCUCGUUACUUUCCCUCCUCUCUGCUAACUCAUGUAUCCACCCCAACCUAUAGCAAGGACAUGGUGACUCUUUUAUGUUGUCCAAGCAGCACAUACUUCUGUUCAGAGCUAAAUUAUGGUCCUGUUGAAACAGGGGCAGUAAUAGCCAGUACCUCAUAUUCCGCCUGGGUAGUCUACAAUCCAAUGUAUGAACAUUGAAUUUUCCAAUUUCAAGUAACCCUUCCUAACUGAGUUUCUCCAUCUCUCAAUCUCUCCAUUUUUAUUCCCCUUCCAAUAUACCCUCUCGAUUCCCCCCACCAACCAUUUUUGUCUCCCUCCGCUCCCAGUUCCCGCCACCUAUUACCCAUACAUUUCAAGCACUACAUCCCAUUCCCCAUUUGGUUCCAUUUGCCCUUCAGCUCUACUUAAUGACUCCCUUCCUCAAUGGAUUCCAGCAGCUGUAGCCUUUGUGUCACCAUUUAUCACCCUCCAGUAGAUGUCUCCACUUUGCCCUCUGCCUGGAUCAUAUUUAUCUUUGUGUUUCCCUCGUCUGUUUCUACCCAUCACCCACCUACCCCCGUCUCCAAAACUCCAACCCGCCUGGCUCCAUCUGCCCCACCUGUCACUUACUGAUCCCUGCCCCUCUUAUCUUUAUACUCAGUAUCUUCCUUCUCCACUCUCAGCCCUGAGGGUUGGCCUGAAACCUCAGCGAUUCCUCCACCCCACCUCCACGGAUGCUGCUCGACUUGCUGCGUUCCUCCAGUAGGUUGUUCUAUGAAUCAUCCUCCAGCACUUUCCGCCUCUUGCUUCUGGGAAACUGUUUCUUUAUUGGCACGCUGAAGAGGAAUGGUUUCUGUGCACAUUCAUUUCCAGCGGCUGUAAUUUAAGUAUUCGGCACAAGCGGAAAGGUUUGUUUUUUUUGCUCAAGGUUUUGGCAUCUGUGUCUCCUGUCUCCCCACUUGUUCACUGAGUGAAGAAAUGUUCCCGAGCAUCUGUUUUUAAUCUUAUUUCUUGUUUCAUUUGGGAUAGGAGUAUGACAAAUAGUUAAAUCACUGGACUGAAGAGACCCGAUUCAAACCCCACCAAGGUGGUUAACUAAGUAGAUCUGGGAUUAAAAAAAUGAAUAAAAUGCUGUUGCUUUUGCAAACCCAUCUAUUUAGCCUCUGAUCUUCAGGUACAAGAAUCUGCUGCUCUUGACUUGGUCUGGCUGGCGUAUGAUACCAAAUCCACUUUAUGAUCUUUAACUGACCUCUUGAACAUACAAAUGUAUGAACUCGGAGCAGGAAUAGAUCGUCAAGAUGGCUCCACCAUUUAAUGGGAACAUUGCUGAUCUGCCUUGUAACCACAAAUUUGCAUUCUUGUCAACUCCCGAUAACGUUUCAGCACCCUGCUAAUCAAAAGUAUGCCUACCUCUGCCGCAAAAAUAUUCAAAGGCUCCGCUGCCCUCACCUUUUAAGGAAGAGAAUCACAAUGGUUUAUGACUCUUGGAGAGAAACAUGUGCCUUAUUUUCAUCUUAAAUAGAUGACGUCUUAUAUUUAUAUAGUUCUAGAUUGACACGCAAGAGGGAACGUCCUCUCCACACUUGCUCUGUCAAGACCACCCAGAAUCAUAUAUGUUCCAAACUACUAAUUUCUUACACUUGCAAACUCCAGCAGAUAGCAAGACGAUACUGCCCAAACCCUUUCCCCGUGAAGCAACACACCCAUUCCAGUUCUGGAAAGCUAUUCAAAAUCAACAAGGGUGUAAAGACACAAAGUGCUGGAGCCUUCUUCUUGAGUUUCUCCAGCACUUUGCAUAUUUUUACACAAACCAGCAUCUGCAGUUCCUUCUAUCUACAAGAUCAGUGAAGAAUUCCCACAGUGAAUGAAACACAACAUGACUCUGACGCCUUAUAACUCUGCCCUUGUCACUGAUUUAGUAAACAACGAGCUUUGCAUUUUUGAGCCUUCUGAUUGCACAUGUUUCUUUAAAGCUCUCUGCUCUGAGAGGAAAUGUCUUGGAUUUAACCUCACUGGUGCAGGAUGACAUUUGUUAUUCUACUCCGCCAAUUUCCCAAUGGGCAUCUUUGUGCCAGGAUAUUAGCUGUUCUCAUUCAAUAAACAACCAAAGAAAUUCCAGGUCAGCCAGAGAUUUUGGUUGGGACUUUUGCGAACUGCAGUUUUAACUGUUCGAUUUGCUAAUCUGUACCUUGCAAUCCAUUAAAUCCUCCUUGGAAACUUAACCCCAAAAGGUACAAGAACACUGAACCUU